AUGGAGAGUGCGAUCACAUGUCAUCGUAUUGAGACAUCUUCUCUUGUCAACUGGUCAAGUUUCAGCGAAGGUUGUCAAAAUGGUUCGUCGGGAGACGCUUCAAACGUUCCUGACGCUCUGCCUCUGCUUGGUGAACAUCGAUGCCGCUCCAGUGGAUGUGCAUCGCCGAGCAGACGGAUCCGUUUUGAUAGACGACAUCCUGUAUUCUGCGGAGCAAUGGGACAGUUUUCUUGAUAAAAACUUGGUAUCAAUGGAAAGGCUUUGGCCGAAAAAGGACGGAGUUGUGAAUAUUUUCUACAAAAUAUCUGAUCCAAAAUUGAACUUGACUGUCUUAAACUUUGCGAUCGCUGCCUGGGAGACCAAGACGUGCAUCAAGUUCUCGAAGAUGGCAGAGUCGGAUGAGCGCGCCGAGUACAUGGACUUCUUGCUCGAUAAAACCUGUCACGCAGGCUUAGGUUACAGGGAGGGCGAACCUACUCCUGUCAGCCUCGCAAAGUGCCCAGAAAGGGGACCGACUCACGAAAUCGGCCACGCAUUGGGGAUGCAUCACGAACAGACACGAAGCGACAGGCUUAUAGCAUCGACGGCAGACGCGUGA